AUGGAGGGUGGUGGUGUGAACAUGAAAGACCAAUUAUCUCUGCAACCAGAACAAACACCGCCACAAUCACCGCAAUCGCCGCUGCGAAUCUUAAUCAUGGUGGCCUCUAUUGCCGCCGGGAUACAAUUCGGAUGGGCUUUACAGCUGUCUUUGCUGACCCCAUACGUUCAACUUUUGGGUAUUCCACACACUUGGGCUCCUUUUAUUUGGCUCUGUGGACCUGUCUCCGGCAUGCUCGUACAACCCAUCGUUGGAUACUACAGCGACAACUUUUCUUAUCGUUUUGGCCGUCGCUGUCCCUUUAUUGCCGCCGGAGCUGCUCUAGUUUGCAUCGCGGUCUUCCUCAUCGGCUAUGCUGCUGAUAUUGGUCACAUCUCCGGUGACCCACUUGGGAAAACACCAAAACCCCGAGCCAUUGCCGUGUUCAUCGUCGGUUUUUGGAUCCUUGACGUCGCUAACAAUAUGUUACAGGGUCCAUGCCGUGCCCUCUUGGCUGAUCUCUCCGGCGGAAACGCCCGGAAAACCCGAACGGCCAACGACUUCUACGCCUUCUUCGUGGCCGUCGGCAACGUGCUUGGCUUCGCUGCCGGCUCGUACACCCACCUCUACAAGCUAUUCCCAUUCACAAAAACAAAUGCAUGUGAUGUGUACUGUGCAAACCUAAAAAGCUGUUUUUUUCUCUCCAUAGCUCUCUUGUUGAGUCUAACAAUACUGGUCUUAACCACAGUACGUGAAAAGUCAAUAUCUCCAUCGGAACAGGAGAGUUCUGGCGACAUGGUGGAGCGUGGGGAGAGUGAAAGGUCGAGAUUAGCAUGUUUUGGGGAAAUCUUUGGUGCAUUAAAGGAGUUACCUAGACCCAUGUGGAUUUUGAUGUUGGUGACGUGUUUGAAUUCGGUUGCUUGGUUUCCAUUCUUGUUGUUUGACACUGAUUGGAUGGGGAGAGAGAUUUAUGGAGGUAAGGUUGGAGAGGGGAAGAUGUAUGACCAUGGUGUUCGUGCGGGUGCAUUAGGGUUGAUGCUGAACUCGGUGGUGCUGGGUUUCACCUCCCUGACGGUGGAGGUUUUGGGACGUAGGAUUGGAGGGGUGAAGAGGUUGUGGGGGGGUGUCAACUUCUUGUUGUCUUUUUGCUUGGCUAUGACUGUUUUUGUGACCAAAAUGGCUGAGUCAACACGGCGGUUCACGGCGGCGCCUGGUGGCGGCACAACUCCUCUUCCGCCGGUGCCUGGUGUUAAGAUUGGCGCAUUGACUCUCUUUGCAGUUUUGGGUAUCCCUCUGGCGGUGAGUUAUAUUUUUUCAGUUAAAAAAUAUUAA